AUGGCAGAUACAGGAGACAACGUCCACCUCACAGUGGAGUUUAGCGGUGGUCUUGAAAUGCUCUUCUCGAAUCGACGAAAGCAUAGUGUUUCCUUGCCAAAGAUUUCCCCUAAGGGUACUCCGGUGACGAUAGACUUCCUAGUGAAAUAUCUUUGUGACCAUCUCAUGAAGGACUCCCGGAAAGAUCUAUUUAUAAUGGAGGACAAUGUACGGCCAGGCAUUCUGGUCCUGAUCAACGAUUCUGAUUGGGAGCUGGAAGGCGAAGCGGAUUAUGAGAUUCAGCCCAAUGACAAUAUCAUGUUUGUCUCGACUUUACAUGGAGGAUGA